GCGUCCCUCGGCAGCCGAGUCCCGCGUCCCUCUGCACUGUCCUCCCACCUGCCGCCAAGUCCCACGUCAGUGCCUAUCCUCUUCUCUCCACCCGCGCCGCUCUGCCUGUCCUUCAUUGUCCACCCAGCCUAAGUCUUGCUGGGUUGCAGGAGCCCGCUGUAGCCACUGCACAAUAUGGGUAGCCUUCUCCCGACCUCAGACCCAAGAGAAGGUCCCUGAAGGACAGUUGUGAACCAUGCAAACAAGACAAAGAGUAGAUGGAGCUAUAGCAUCACUCUGCUUCUCCAACUUCCCGUCCUGUUCUGCUAACCAAAGAGCCUGAAACCAAGCAGCAGAUGUCAGAGAGCCGCUGCUGGAGGCACCAGGCGCUGUGUCCGGCUGCUGCGAUCUAUUACAGCGCGGAGGGGGGCACUUACUAGGCAUCUUAGAUAGUUCCCCUGGGAUGUGCCGCUUAGAAAUCGGGCAACGCUCGGCCAAUCACCGUGACACAUAUAAUACACCGGGCGGAGCUGCCCGUGCCGCAGAUCCUGUUGGGAGACAUGGAGGGAGGAGGCGUCCGCCUGCCAUGGUGGUGCUGCUGCUGCUGGUGGAGCUUGUUGUUGGGCGGUGCCUGCCUGUGACAAGAAUGAGGGUUGGCAUCUGAGAGCCCUGGCACUGGCAGAGAGAGAGGACGUAAGUCAGGAUGACAAAGUGCCCAGGAUGACGGGAUGCUGGUCCUGGGAUAGAGACCUGUAACCGCGCUGAUGUCCCCGCUGGCAAACCUUAGUAAAUCGCCUUUGUGUGCGGCAUGCGUUGGAAGUUGCAGUACGUGCUCUGUGAGUGGAAAGCUGUUUACACCGCUCUUGUAAUCCAAGGAGGGAGCUGGAAGUGCUGAUCGCUGCGUCCUUGUGUAGUAGUGACAGGUCCACUUGUGGUGCAGGAAUCUCCCUUACUCUGAUGAGAAGUAGCGCCUCAAAGUGAGGAUGAAGGUGAGGAUGAAGAUAAUGAAGCCGAUAUAGUCAGAGAGUUACCACCAACAUUAGCAGAAUGCAGUUGAAGGUUUCAUGCUGCAGAGAAAGAAGUUAGGAAGUGUUGGGCAGCGAUGGUUUUACCAUGGAGGGGCCUCUCUGCAGCCUCUGUAUGGACCACUUGUGACAGAGUUUACUGUGCAUGCAUUGAUCUCUAUGAACAUGGAGGGCAGAUAUAUUAAGCCUGGAGAAGUGAUAAAGCAGUGAUAAGUGAAAUAUACAGAUGAUAAACAUCAAAAAAUGAUAAUAGCUGCAGGUUCCAUGGCAGAACAAACAAGAAACACCUUUCUGCAACUGGGUCCCAAAACGUUUUAAAAUAAUAUUACAAUUUGGAAUGCUGGUACUGAGAUGUGUAUAUGAAUAAUCAUAGAAAUGAAACUUACUGAGUAUUGUGUGAGCUCUUCUCAUGCUCUACAUGAGUGAUUCACACCAAACAGAGAGGCAUAUAACCAGUGGAAUCACACUGGAAACUCAUAAAUCUCUAACAUGCAGUCAGAUGACUUUUUUGCAAGAACAUUUCAGACUGUAAAUAACAAUAUGGGUCCAUCAACUACACUGAAUGCCUCUGAGAAAGUCGAUUCUAGAGGACAGAAUAAUGGAACCCCUGCCAUGCCUAAGAUGGGUGUAAGAGCAAGAGUUUCUGAAUGGCCUCCUAAAAAAGAUUGUACGUCAGAAUGGUGCAGCAAAACAUCUUGGAAACAUCAAGAUCAAAUAAGUUUUGAGAGCGUUGUUUCAUUAAAUUCAAACGGACAAAAUAAUCAACCUGAUAUCAAUAAAUCUUUUGAAAUUGAAUUUUCAGAGUCAAAGUACUUUACUGGAGAUAUUUUAUACCAUUCACCUCCCAGGGUACUACAUCCGAUAAGGCAAAGAAGCAACAGUGAUGUUACCAUCAGUGAUAUUGAUGCAGAUGAUGUGCUUGACCAAAAUGCUUUUAACCCAAACACUGGAGCAUCUCUACAUCGGGAAUAUGGGAGUACAUCUUCGAUAGAAAGGCAAGGUUUGACUGGAGAGAACUUUUUUGCAGUGCCUAAAGCUUAUAGGGUUGAAAGUAUGGAACAUAAGAACCUGACACCAUUUACAUUCUCUGAGGUUUUCCAUUGUGAUCCCGCUAUUUCUCCAAGUCUGCAUGCUGCCGCACAGAUCUCUAGGGGUCAGAUUGUUAGCAUUUCUGGGUUUGAUUACAUGGAUAGUGCCUUGUUAGUUAGAAGGAAGAGAGAUAAGUUAUUUAAAAGGCACCUAAAAACAGACGCCGUUGAGCCAUCUUUAUUUAGAAAGCUGCGGACUGUAAAGAGUGAGCAUGAUGCUUUAAAGUUUUCCUUUGAACUUGAGGAUAGUAGGUUUGAAAAAAGCAUACAUCUGUGGACAUGUGAAAAAUGUUUUGCACACUAUGAUGUUCAGAGUAUUUUGUUUAAUGUUAAUGAAGUCAUGGCAACACAGACUAAUAUUGCAAAGCGGAAAAAUAUAACCACAGGGGCCUCAGCAGCAUCGCAGUCACCAAUUGCUGGAGGCCAGCUGGGGAGCUGUGAAUCUCCUUUGGAUUGUAAGGAAGAGCUGUACUCUAAAGAGAGUCACGAAACUGAUGAAGGGGAUGGCAAAAGCAAUGACAUUAUUUUAAACUGUCCCUACUUCAGAAAUGAGAUUGGAGGAGAAAGUGACAGAAGGAUUGCUAUUUCACGGGCAAACUCCCUGGCCACGCCAGAAGGUGAAAGUUGUUCUUUUGAAUCUUCUCUCAGCUCUCACUGCACUAAUGCUGGUGUCUCUGUGCUGGAGGUGCCCAGGGAAAAUCAACCUAUUCAGCGGGAAAAAGUCAAGCGUUACAUUAUAGAACACAUCGACCUUGGAGCAUAUUAUUAUAGGAGGUUCUUUUAUGGAAAAGAGCAUCAGAAUUACUUUGGAAUUGAUGACAAUUUGGGACCUAUAGCAGUCAGUAUUCGCAGGGAGAAGGUGGAAGAUAUCAAAGAGAAAGAGAUUUCUCUGUUCAGCUAUCGUAUUGCUUUCCGAACAAGUGAGCUAACAACGCUAAGAGGGGCAGUUUUAGAAGACGCUGUACCAUCAACAGCAAGACACGGUUCAGCACGUGGCCUUCCUCACAAAGAAAUCCUUGAAUAUGUGAUACCAGACCUUAACGUUCAGUGUCUUCGGCAAGCGAUAAGCUCACCCAAAGUCCAGGAGCAGUUGCUGAAGCUAGAUGAACAAGGGCUUAGUUUCCAGCACAAAGUUGGCAUCUUAUACUGCAAAGCAGGGCAAAGCACGGAGGAAGAAAUGUACAACAAUGAGACCGCAGGACCUGCUUUUGAGGAGUUUCUUGAUCUUUUAGGUCAGCGAGUGCGAUUAAAGGGAUUUAAUAAAUACAGGGCACAGUUAGAUAAUAAAACUGAUUCAACAGGAACUCAUUCCCUAUAUACCACUUAUAAAGAUUAUGAGCUUAUGUUUCAUGUCUCAACCAUGCUUCCGUAUAUGCCCAAUAACAGGCAGCAGCUACUUAGGAAAAGGCACAUAGGUAAUGAUAUUGUAACAAUCGUCUUCCAAGAACCUGGAGCCCUUUCAUUUACUCCAAGAACCAUUCGAUCCCAUUUUCAACAUGCUUUUAUUAUUGUUAAAGUUCACAAUCCAUGCACUGAAAAUGUAUGUUACAGUGUUGCUGUCUCUAGGUCAAAGGAUGUUCCACCUUUUGGCCCUCCGAUACCCAAAGGAUCGACCUUUCCAAAGUCUGCUGUGUUUAGGGAUUUUCUUCUUGCCAAAGUAAUCAAUGCUGAAAACGCAGCACACAAGUCUGAAAAGUUUAAAGCUAUGGCCAUAAGAACAAGACAAGAAUAUUUGAAGGAUUUGGCAGAAAACUUUGUUUCAACAGCUACUGUCGAUAGUUCAGUAAAAUUGAGUUUCAUUACUCUUGGAGCUAAAAAAAAGGAAAGGGUGAAACCAAAACGAGAUGCUCAUUUUUACAGCAUUGGUGCCAUAGUAUGGAAUGUUAUAGCACGAGACUUUGGAUUGGCUGCUGACAUUGAAUGUCUCCUUGGAAUAUCUAAUGAAUUUGUGGUCCUUGUUGAGAAAGAAUCCAAAAAUGUUGUUUUUAAUUGUUCCUGUAGAGAUGUUAUUGGCUGGACAUCGGGAUUAAUGACUAUGAAAAUGUUUUAUGAAAGAGGGGAAUGCAUUCUUCUUUCUUCAGUGGACAACUGUGUUGAGGAUGUCCGAGAGAUUGUUCAACGACUAGAAAUUGUGACUAAAGGAUGUGAAACCAAAGAAAUUAUCUUAAGGAGAAACAAUCUGGGUCAGCUUGGCUUUCAUGUGAACUUUGAAGGGAUUGUUGCUGAUGUGGAGGCCUUUGGCUUGGCAUGGAAGGCCGGUUUAAGGCAAGGCAGUCGUUUAGUUGAGAUUUGUAAAGUGGCAGUGGCAACAUUGACUCAUGAACAAAUGAUUGAUCUCCUUCGUACUUCAAUCACAGUAAAAGCAGUGAUCAUACAGCCAUUCGAAGAUGGUUCACCUAGAAGGGGCUGCACAGAACUCUGCCGAAUGCCUAUGGUGGAGUACAAAGUUGACAGAGAAGGCACACCAUGUGAAUAUAAAACCCCUUUCAGAUGUAGUACUACAUGGCAUCAAGUGCAGACUUCCAUGGAACAACCUCAUUCACGAGGCUCUCCAAUUUUAGAAACACUGGACAGGCUGCAAUGCCAGCAGUUCCUCCAGCAAUCCCAAGCUGCUAUUCCUCGUAGCACAUCCUUUGACAGAAAGAUGCCAGAUGGUGCAAGAUGUCCAUCUCCACUUCUGCAUGAAAAUCAAGGGUCUGCAUCCAUGGAAUGUGAAAUAAUCAGAGAUUGUGAAGAAAGCUUUGAAGACAUGAAGCAUUCUGAACAGUGUAUGAUGUCGUCAAAUAAAAAACGCAGCUCCUACAAGGGAAGAAAUGUACAAAGAGAAAAUGUCAAAAUAUCACCAAACAAGAAUUUACAUAUAAAAAGUUGUUCAAGCCAUUCAAGCAGUAAUACUGUUUCCAGCAGUGCAUCAAGUAACAGCGAUGAUAAACAUUUUGGCUCUGGAGACCUUAUGGACCCUGAGUUACUUGGACUAACUUAUAUUAAAGGGGCCUCAACAGACAGUGGUUUUGAUACAGCACCAUGUAGUAUUUCCACGCAAGUCAUCGGUACUACACUUCAUACAAGCAGCAGGCCUGCUUCACACAACAGAGCAGAACAAAUGAUGCAAUGGAACAACUCUUCAGAAAGCACAGCAGAUGAUGGUCGCAGAAACAUGUAUUCUGUUCAUAACUACUCUGCCAGCCCGGCAGCUGUUGGAAGCAUGGGAGAUCUUAGUGAGUUAUCUUCACAUUCCAGCGGGUCACGCCAUUCAGGUAGCCCUUCAUCCCAGUGUCCCAAAAGCAAUGGGACGUUGGAUACUUCAUCGGAGUACAUUGUUCCACAUUCCAAUGCACAGCAGAAAUCUGUGACUGUAUCAAGGUCCUUCCACAGACAAGUGGCUGUAAAUAAAUAUGUGACUGGAUGGAAAGAGGCUGAAGAUAGUCCUCCUCCAGAACUGUGUGUUCCUACAGAAUGUCAAAGUGAAGAAGCAUUGCCUUUGUCAGAUCCGCUGCAGAAUUCAACAAUUGAAGCAGAAAGUGAGAGACAACGUGUCCUGUCAAAGGAUGUCGAAGAAGGAAGAGGAAAGUUUUCAGUGUACGGAUACUUGUCACCGAGGCAGUCACUUUACCGGACACUUUCUGAUGAAAGCAUAUGCAGUAACCGCAGAGGAUCCUCAUAUGCUAGCUCACAUAGUUCAAUACUUGAUCAAGCCUUGACAAAUGACAUUCUGUUCAGCACAACUCCGCCAUACAAUAGUACACUUCCUACUCGGACUCAUUUGAAUCCCGGCAUGGCAAAUCUAAGAAAUGACUGGUUUUCUGAUGGGUCUCUCUCAGAUAAGUCAAAAUUCAAUGAUCUUGGCUUAAUGCCGGCUUCAGGCUCAGCAACAGCCUUGGACUGGUCACAUCUAAUCGAUGCUGCUACAGUCUUUGAAGAACAACGCGUGGAAUCAUUCUGCACUCUGAGUGAUAUGCAAUGUGAAGAUGGCUUUAAAGGAUCUGAAGAAUUAUCUCUGUGCUCUGACACUGUAAAUGGACAAGAUUUUGGUGAUUCUGCUGGACAGAGCACCCCAUCCACACUCACAGGCAAAGUAAACAAGCUGGAAGUGAUUCUGAGAAAGCUGCAAACAGACCUGCUCAAAGAAAAAGAAGACAAGGCAAUGUUACAGGCUGAAGUGCAUCAUUUGCGCCAAUAUAACAUAAGACUUCAAGAGGAAUCUCAAACAGCUUCAGCCCAGCUGAGAAAAUUCAGAGAGUGGUAUUUCGGUUCAGUGGACAAGAAAACCUAACAUCUUUACAUACCAUUGAUUAGUACAUCAGUAGGGACAAUGCAGUUUAACAUGGCAAUAUAAAAACAAGUGUAAUUUAUUUCAGGUAAUAAACUAAUAAUUGUAUCAAUAUACAGAAAAAAAGGUUACCUAAACUUGUCUGUAAAUAUUACCUCUGUUUACUAGAGAUGACAAUAAGAGCAUAAAAUAUGAAUGUAAAACUUUCUAUCCUUGAGAGGUUUUAAAAUGUAAAGCCUUCUUCUCGUUCCAGAAGGGCAUCUAUGUACAUACUGUGUGUUCUUCGAGAAGAUGCUAAAUAAAGUUUAGAUAGUUGUGUUGCAUACAGAUAUACAUAAACAAUUUGCCAAUCUUGCAUUAAAUGGUGCUGUCAUAUGUAAACCUUACUGUAAUAGCAAUAAUGAAUAUAAAUAUAUGGUCUGUAAGCACAUACAGUACUUGUGUUUCUCAGUAGUACAAAUAUAGUCUACACCUCUUUGCUGACUAAGGUGAAUCACAAGUUAUUUAGUUGCUGGAUGACACAGUGCCUGGUAACAUUUUAUGUACAGUGUAGAAAGUUUGGGGAGUUCUGUACUCUACAGAUAAUAAUUUGUACAGAUGUUAUACUAUGAAUAAGAAAAGCAAACAGUAAAGCUGGUUAUUUAUUUUGUGGAAACGUUGACUGUUGGCAAACUAAUUAAAAAGAUUUUCUGUAUAUAACUUUUUGAACACAUAUUGUGUUUAGAACGUCUUAAAUUAUUAUUUAACAGUAAAAUAUUUUCUGUUGUUUUGCUUCUUCAGUACUGACGAUUAAAAUGACUGAGACACUGUUUCUCUGUUGUAGCAAGAUUUACUGACACAAUACAUUAGCCUACCAACCUGGCUUUACUAGCACACAGUUAUUUUGUAUGUUUCGGCAUUUUUUACUGUCCCUUUCAGGUGAACACAUAUUUUGUUUUCAAAAAUAUUUAAGGAGAGUGUAAUUGUAGUUUUAUGACGGAGAUGAUCAGUUUUAAUGUUUGUAUAUAAAGCACAAGAAUAUGAUGGACUUAUUUGUACCACGGUAUGAUGCAAAUCUUCACUUUGCAAAACAUAAUUGUAAUAGAUGCAAAGAUUUGAUUAAAGGUUAAUCUUGACUUUC